AUGCCUAUGGAAACCCAACAAGAGCUGCGACGUCUGCCGGGAAACAACCAUUGUGUGGACUGUAAUGCCCCAUAUCCUCAAUGGGCAACCGUUUCGUACGGCACCUUUAUGUGUCUUGAGUGUUCCGGUCGUCACCGUGGAUUGGGUGUGCAUAUUUCGUUCGUGAGGUCUGUCACGAUGGAUUCAUGGACGGAUAAGCAGGUAAUGCAGAUGCAAAAGGGAGGAAACGAUUCUUUUCGUGCAGCAUUCUCUGCUGCUGGAGUUCCCACCGAUCUGUCUAUCAAUGAGAAGUACAAUACGCCACAGGCGGAGGCCUAUCGCCAGCGUUUGACAGACAUUGUCGAAGGGCGCGCUCCGCGGUCGCUGCCUCGGUGGGAUACGAGCAAUAACAAAUCGGCUUCUUCUUCCUUUUCUUCUCCUUCGUACCCUGGUGGCGGCUCAGCUGGAAACGGUACGCGUGGCGUUGAGGCGCUCAAGGGCGAGUCGGAGCAGGACUACGUUAGUCGUCAGACAAAGCUGCGCGAAGAGGCUCGUGCCCGCAUGGCUGCUAAGUUUGGCAGUAACGGUAUGCAAGGCAUUGGAAGUGGCGGUGAAACGCGGGCGCCUCAGGCCUCGCCUGGCGGUCUAGGAGAUUUAUCGGGUGCUUUUGGCUACAUAACCAGUACAGUCACGACGGCCGCUAGCUCGGCUGCCAGCCUUGUGAAAGACCAAGAUUUAGGAUCGAAGGUGUCGUCGGGCUGGUCUUACGUGCAGAGCGCUAUCCAGGACCCGGCACUCACCGACAAUGUUAAGUCUUCUGCCACAUCUGGUUGGUCAGUGCUUUCCAGUAGCGCUUCCGCUAUUUUGCAAAGCGCGCAAUCUGCAGUAAACGGAAAGGUCAUUUCGAAUGGCGAUUCAUCUGGUAUGAGUAGCACCUUCCCUCGCACUAACUGUGAGCUUCCUUCUUCCAGCAAGUACACAGGUAUUGGCAGUGGUAACAGCAGUACAAGUCGUGAUCAUGACAACAACUCGUGGUUGGAUUCGCAGCUCAGUGGCAGCGCUAGCAACAUCUCCGACACCAGUAGUGGUAGUUUCCACGCACCAUCGCAGCAGCCUAAGCCAACUCGGACGUCUGACAUGUUUGGAUCAUCAUCAUUCAGUACCGAUGGUAGCAAUCACGAUCUACUUGGGCUUUCUUCCUUGUCUGUUGCGUCUGCUACAAGUAGCAGUGGCUCAGCAGCUGCUGCCGCAGCACCACCUCCAGCUUGUGUCGUAAAAGACAAGAAGGCGAAGAAAGAUGUCGACUUUUUUGGUGAGUUUGGCUUUUAA